AAUAUUAUUAUCUUGAUUAUUAGCAUAAUUUUUAUGGUGAUUGUUAUUGUUCUUAUGUUUUUGUUAUUAUUAUAUUUAACAUGAUUUCUUGUUCUUUUUAACAGUCAUAUAUUGUGGAGUUCCAGAAGCAAUAGCCAAUGGAUUUAUAGCCAACAACGAAAGUAAACCUGUCACUUAUGGCUCCAAAACAACAUACAAGUGUUACCCAGGUUUCCAAAUGGAAGGUUCGGCGACAGUUACUUGUCUGAACACUGGAAAGUGGAGUACACCACCAACGUGCAAGACAUCUGUAUGUUCAGCUGCAGAUGAAGUUACAAAUGCAGUGAAGAAAACUGUGAUUGGGGAUGGUACCUCCGCGGGAAGCAUUGUGAACUAUACAUGUAACUCUGGCUAUGAGUUGAAAGGGCCAUUGCAGAUUUUAUGCCAGUCAAACACAACCUGGUCACACCCAGCUCCAACAUGUACAAAAAUUAUGUGUCCUUUGCCUUCAAUCUUGAAUGGUGAUCUUUCAUCACAACAGCCAGUUAUGUUUGAAGAGACUGUUACACUGACCUGCAGGACUGGAUUCCUGGUAACAAACAAAACAACCAACACAGCAUCAUUACAGUGCCAAGCUUCAGGGAAACUUGAGGAGUCGUCUUGUGAAGAUAAGAAUGAAUGUGAUAUUGGUGCACACAGUUGUUCAGUGAGUCAGAACUGUAUCAACACUGUAGGAUCGUUUCAGUGUGUUUGCAAAGAAGGAUACACAGGCACCAAUUGUAUUGGUGAUAAUUAUGACAUAAACACAAACGACUGUCAAAACCAGUGCUCUGAUGAUCACUCUUACAACUGCACAGAUCUUUUACAAGACUACAUGUGUAAUUGCAAACCUGGGUACACUGGAAAAAACUGCACAGAAGAAAUUGAUGAAUGUCAGCUGCUGCCGUGUGAACAUGGUGGGAACUGUACUGACCGUGUUGCAGAUUUCACGUGUAGCUGCCCAGAUGGAUGGGAAGGGAAGACCUGUGCAGAUCCGUACAACUAUUGUAACAGCACUACGUGUGACAACAACGGAGCCUGCUACAGCCUCAAGGAUACGUUUUACUGCAGUUGUAAGGCUGGCACCCAAGGAACACGAUGUGAAACCUCUCCCCCGGUGUGUAAACGUAUCGAUCCAUGCACAGACAAAGGCAGAUGUGAUGAAUCGGGAGGAACUGCAAACUGUACUUGUGAGAAAAAUUAUGCUGGGGUGUCGUGCCAGCUGAUUAAAGAUUCCUGUUCUGCUGAUCUUUGUAAUCCGGGAGGAAGCUGUAAAACUCAGACUGUUGGCUACAGCUGCGAAUGUAUGGAUGGCUACCAAGGAGACGAUUGUGAAGUAGAAAGCCCACUGUGUGGUAGUGGUGCCUGUUCAUCUGGACAAUCCUGUGAGCAAGAAGGGCGGGUCAAGUACUGCUUGUGUCCUGCUAAACAAGUGUCUGUGGGAAGCGCAUGUAAAGAUGGUUCACUUGACUUUGACCUGUUGUUUGACAAGGGCAUGGUGUCUGAUGAUGUGUUGUCUGGACAACCUUUCAAGUUUAACAGUGCUGGAAACAUGACAGUGAUGUUCUGGAUUGGUCUGUUGACUGAUGUAUCAGGUGGAACUGUCUUCAAGAUCAAAAACAACAUGGACAGUACAACGUUCCUUGAGGUUAAGACAGACAGUGUAAGUUUUAAGGGGAAUGAAAUCGCAAUGACAGUGUCUGCUGGCAAGUGGAACCACAUUGCUAUAACUUGGCAGCCAGAUGGAAAGUAUGAACUGAUCAUUAAUGGUAUUAAAAAGAAUGGUGACACUACACCGCCUGCAUUUCAAGAGAAAUUGGUAAGACUUAUGUUUGACAGCCAGUUCAUUGGAUAUGUGUCCCAGCUUACAGUGUGGCGAGACAUCUUACUUUACAAUGAGAUACUAAAGGCCAUUACUGAUCCAAAGUAUCUACCUUCAUUUGACCUUGCACUUGGAUGGUAUGACUACAGUUUGACAAAAUCUACCUGGAGACUGACACCAAGUCAAGCAGUGGCUGAGAAAAAACUGUGUGAUGCACAACGAUUCAUGGACUCCACAUGUGAUAACAAAAUGGACAAGUUGGCUCCAUCCUCUGACAACUGUCCUGAAUCAGCCGUUCAUAAGAUAUCCACUUCCAGAACAGUGCAGGUCCGAAAUGUUGUACCAACAAUCACGUUUGGAGGACAAGAACCAAUUACAGAUAACUUGAAAGGUGAUUUACUUACCUGGGGUGCUUACCAACUUGUGUAUGCUGCCACAGAUAAGGCUGGCAACAUUGGAGACUGUCGAUUCAAACUUUAUGUGAAAAGUAAGUCUGAUUGA